UUCCCGACAGCGGUUGGUGAGUCGACUCGUCCUUGGGAGAGGCCGCUGGACGGUUCUGCCCAGACCUGUCGCGCGCUCACAAUCUUUUUCGGUCCCGCUCGGAAGCCUACGCGGACGCUUCCGGGUCACGCGGCGCAGAAACCGCGAGUCAUGUGACACCAAGAUGGCGGCGCCGCGGUAGCUGGCUCCGGGUUGUGGCGUCCGAGGAGCCGCGACGGUUUCUGCCCUCGGGCCGUGGGGGCGGCAACGCUUGACUGGUCCUUGCGGCGCCCCGUAGCCCGGCGUUAGGCACCGGUUCAGGGCUGGGCUGUCGCUGUCGCGGUGGGGUCGGGGGAGUGCCGGUGACCUCGCUGCAGGUGUCCUGCGCCGGACGCUCUCGCCGGAGGAGGAGGAGGAGGAGGAAAAGGAGGACAACCGGCCUACCUGGUCUUCUGGACCUGCGGAGUCCAUGGGCCUCUGAGGGCUGUAGAGGAGCUAUACCUCUCAGGGGACCGUGGGAGUUCGAGUCUUCGAGUCUGUGAGGGGCAGCCUGGUACCCCUGAGGGCGCAAAGAAGACCGCAGAGACUUUGCUUCCUCUUCCAGAGGCCUGGCUUCCCUGCGUUGAUUACCCCUUCAUUCUUUCUCACUUCCUCUCAAUGCUCUCUCCGUAUAUCUGGAAAUAUGAUCAGCGCCCCUGACGUGGUGGCCUUCACCAAAGAGGAGGAGUACGAGGAGGAGCCUUACAAUGAGCCCCCCUUGCCUGAAGAGUACUCGGUGCCACUCUUCCCCUUUGCCAGCCAGGGAGCCAACCCAUGGUCCAAACUGUCCGGGGCCAAGUUCUCUCGGGACUUCAUUCUUAUUUCCGAGUUCUCGGAGCAGGUGGGACCCCAGCCCUUGCUGACCAUCCCCAAUGACACCAAAGUUUUUGGUACUUUCGAUCUCAAUUAUUUCUCCUUGCGGAUCAUGUCUGUGGAUUACCAGGCUUCCUUUGUUGGCCAUCCCCCUGGUUCUGCCUACCCCAAGCUGAACUUUGUGGAGGACUCCAAGGUGGUGCUGGGAGACUCCAAGGAGGGAGCCUUUGCCUACGUGCACCACCUUACCCUGUACGACCUAGAGGCCCGGGGCUUUGUGAGGCCCUUUUGCAUGGCUUAUAUCUCAGCGGACCAGCACAAAAUAAUGCAGCAGUUUCAGGAGCUCUCGGCUGAAUUUUCCAAAGCUUCUGAGUGCUUGAAGACAGGCAACAGGAAGGCUUUUGCGGGAGAACUUGAAAAAAAACUGAAAGACUUGGAUUACACCAGGACAGUGCUGCACACGGAAACGGAGAUCCAGAAGAAGGCCAAUGACAAAGGCUUUUACUCAUCUCAGGCAAUUGAGAAAGCCAAUGAACUGGCCAGUGUAGAGAAGUCUAUCAUUGAACAUCAAGACCUGCUGAAACAGAUCCGCUCGUACCCGCAUCGAAAGUUGAAGGGGUCUGCUCCGUGUCCUGGGGAGUCGGAACACACCCAGGAUCAGGCCAGCCAGGCAGCCGCUACCUCUAACCUCGAUGAGUCUGCUGACACAGACCUUUACACCUGCAGACCUGCUUAUACCCCGAAACUCAUCAAAGCAAAGUCCACCAAGUGUUUUGACAAGAAGCUGAAGACCUUGGAAGAGCUCUGUGACACUGACUAUUUCACCCAGACCCUGGCUCAGCUCAGCCACAUAGAGCACAUGUUCAGAGGAGACCUGUGCUACCUCCUGACCAGCCAGAUUGACAGAGCACUUCUAAAACAACAGCAUAUAACAAACUUCCUCUUUGAAGAUUUUGUGGAGGUUGACGACAGGGUGGCAGAGAAACAAGAGAGUGCACCCCCUAGGCCCGGUCCAGGCAGGCCGCCUUCCAGAUCUUUGGAAGAAUGUCCGAUUCCUCAAGUGUUAAUUAGCGUUGGUUCUUACAAGUCCAGUGUGGAGUCUGUGCCCAUCAAGAUGGAGCAGGAACUUGGAGAUGAGGAGUACAAGGAAGUGGAGGUGACAGAAAUGAGCAGUCUUGACCCCCAGGAAAACUUGGACUACUUGGAUAUGGAUAUGAAAGGGAGCAUCAGCAGUGGCGAAAGCAUCGAGGUUCUGGGCACAGAGAAGUCUGCCGCUGUGCUGCCUAAGUCCGACAGCCAGGCCAGCCUCACGGUGCCACUGAGCCCCCAGGUGGUCCGGAGCAAAGUGGUCAGCCACAGGACCAUCAGCGAGGACAGUAUUGAAGUCCUCAGCACCUGCCCCUCGGAGGCCCUCAUCCCUGACGAUUUUAAGGCCAGCUACCCAAGUGCCAUUAACGAAGAAGAAUCCUAUGCAGAUGACAGUGACGGAGCCAUCCACUUCCGGGCCAGCGUCAGCCCGCCGUUGCUGGGUGAGGCAGAGGAGGGCAGCUUAGAAACCCCCCCAUCACAAAUAGACACCUCCUGCUGUAUUGGGAAGGAGAGCGACAGUCUGCGGGUGCCCCUCUCCCCUCCAGCCCACAUGCCCUUGGAGCAGGACGGAGUGGUGAGCAUCCCCCCGCAGCGCUAUAGGCAGAAGGAUCAGGGGUUCCAUGUGGACUUUGCAGUGGAAAAUGCCAACCCUUCCCGAGACGACAGUUCCGAAGGCUUCCCUGCUGAUGAACUGGACCCAGACCGCCUGCUGGCGAGCCGGGACAUCAGUAAGACCAGCUUGGACACCUGUUCGGACACUGCCAGCAACAUGAGCAGUGUAACCUCCACCAGCUCAGACCGGACUCCCGCCUCCGCUCAUUCCAGUGGCUCCUCUUCCGAGAGGCAUAAAAAGAGGGCCGGCCAGAACGCCUUAAAAUUCAUCCGUCAGUACCCCUUUGCCCACCCAGCCAUCUACUCCCUGCUCAGCGGAAGGACACUUGUGGUGCUGGGGGAGGACGAGGCCAUAGUGAGGAAGCUGGUGACGGCGCUGUCCAUCUUUGUCCCCAACCACAGCCGUUACGCCAAACCGGUGAAGCACUGGGUCUCUUCUCCUUUGCAUAUCACGGAUUUUCAGAAGUGGAAGCUUAUCGGCCUUCAGAGGGUGGCGUCCCCCGCCGGCACCGGCAGCCUCCACGCCCUGAGCCGCUACAGCCGCUACACCAGCGUCCUGGACCUGGACAACAAGGCCCUCCGCUGCCCCCUGUACCGGGGCGCCCUGGUGCCCCGGCUAGCCGACCACCGCACGCAGAUCAAGCGGGGCAGCACAUACUACCUGCACGUCCAAACCGUGCUGACCGAGCUCUGCUCCAAGGCCUUCCUCUACACUUUCUGCCACCACCUGCACCUGCCCGCGCACGACCAGGAGACCCCGGACGUGGUUGCCAGCCGCCAGGCGAGCUUCCUGAAGCUGACCCUGGGGCUGGUGAGCGAGGACGUGACGGUGGUCCGGCACCUGGCCGAGCUGCUCAAGCUGCGCUACACGCAGGAGGCUCCCGGGACCGGCCGCCCCACGCUCAGGUUCGACUACGUGCCCAGCUUUUUGUACAAGAUCUGACAUCCGCCCCAGCCACUGUGACCGAGACCUGUGACUCAGGGUACGGGGAGGGCAGGGUGGGCGUGAGCGAGCAGGCCUCUGAGCUUUUGAGACUUCUGGCGUCAUCGGGGGAGGGAACGCAAGGUGGCAGCCCCGGUCCCCGGCUGGCGUCGGGCGGUCUGGGAGGUGGACUCGGGCAGAGGCGGGUGCCUGGGUCUCGGCGUCAGUGAGGACAGCGACAGACCCCACUCCGCCUAGCAAGGACUGGCCGCUGCGGUCGGGAGGGGCCGCUUGGUUUCCUGAGGGCUGGGCAGCGGGCCGGGAGGG